AUGGCUCAUUCUAUCUCCAGGGCUGCCAACAUAACUUACAUCCCCACUGUCGCCACUGAUCUGAGCCCAAAAAUGACAUCCAACUUCAAAUCAAUCCCAGUCAUCGACCUAUCCCUCGCCAACUCGCCCUUAACCCGGCCUAAGCUUCUCCAAGAACUCCACCACGCCCUCACAUGCAUUGGUUUUCUGUAUAUCACGAAUCACGAUGUUCCACAAGACGUAAUUUCAGACCUGAAAGAUGCCCUCCCUAAACUUUUUGCCCUCGAUCCGGCGGAAAAGGAAGAAGUGGCUUUACACAACUCCCCUCACUUUUUGGGAUACAGCCAAGUAGGUUCAGAAACAACAGCUGGAGUCGCAGAUAAACGCGAACAGUUCGAGUUUGCAACCGAGCUGCCAGACCUAUGGCGCGCGGGUCUUCCUCUUUAUGAAAGGUUGAAAGGACCGAACCAGGUACAACCUCCUUUACUCGGCUCAUCAGUCAUCUAG